AUAUUCGCUUUUCAUUAUCAUUUUCGUUCUUUCUGUUUGUAGAUUUUUCACUUUUAUGGCAAUUACAAAGCAUUCAAAUCAGAAAAAUGUGUGAAAUUUUUUAGAAAAGUUCAGGCGUUAUUUAAGAAAAUAGUAAAACAAAAACGGAAAAAUUUGUGAACUAAAAGAUUCCAGAUAAAACUAAACAGUUGCAACGAAGUAUUUUCUUACCCCCUCAUCCGGUGUUCGAUUACUUGACAAUGUCUUCCGAGUUGAAAAAACUUUCAGAGGAAUCGCUUCUACAGCCUCCGGAAAAAGUUUUCGACAUUAUUUGCAAACUAGGUGAAGGUAGCUAUGGGUCUGUGUAUAAAGCUCUACACAAGGAGAGUAGCUCUAUUGUGGCCAUUAAAUUGGUUCCUGUGGCGUCCGAUCUCCAUGAAAUUAUAAAGGAGAUCUCCAUAAUGCAGCAAUGCGAUUCGCCGUAUGUGGUGCGCUACUAUGGUUCCUAUUUUAAGUUAUAUGAUCUAUGGAUAUGCAUGGAGUACUGUGGUGCCGGUAGUGUUUCAGAUAUAAUGCGACUACGCAAAAAAACACUAACCGAAGAUGAAAUAGCAACGAUACUUUCCGAUACAUUACAAGGGUUAGUGUAUUUACAUCUGCGUCGUAAAAUACAUCGGGAUAUAAAGGCUGGUAAUAUAUUGCUCAAUACUGAGGGUUAUGCCAAACUGGCAGAUUUCGGUGUAGCUGGUCAGCUCACAGACACGAUGGCUAAGAGAAAUACAGUCAUUGGCACACCGUUUUGGAUGGCACCAGAGGUAAUCGAGGAAAUCGGAUACGAUUGCGUGGCAGAUAUUUGGUCGCUAGGUAUAACAGCUCUCGAAAUGGCUGAAGGUAAACCACCUUACGGAGAUAUACAUCCGAUGCGUGCGAUUUUCAUGAUACCACAAAAACCACCACCAUCUUUCCGAGAACCCGAUCGUUGGUCUGCAGAAUUUAUUGAUUUCGUUAGCUUGUGCCUGGUAAAAAACCCCGAUGAACGUGCUACCGCUUCCGAUCUGUUAAAUCAUGAAUUUAUACGUAACGCGAAAUCUCGAGGUAUCCUCAAACAAAUGAUUGAAGAAACGUGUGCAAUACGUGAACAACAACGUGCUAAUCGUACCGGUGGAAUGAGCCAAGCAAAAAGUUUAGCUACUCAACAGGAGGAGCUCUUGCAAGAUGAUGAAGCAGAGUUCCCAGCGGAGACAGUUAAAACAUUUAUUGAUGAUCCCGGCACCUUAGUGCCUGAGAAGUUUGGUGAAUAUCAACAAACCGUUGGCAGUGAUGCGACCAUGAUCGCUCAUUCUGAAGACAGCGGUACACUUGGACCCGGUAAUCGUGGCAUAUGUUUGGCUGCGGCCAUUGAUAAUUCUGGCGUUCGAACUGGUGAAGUUAAUAGUGUUGUUGAUACAGGAACUCUCAUAGAAUUAGAAUCGAAUUUAGGUACAAUGGUCAUCAAGGCGGACUCGGAUGACUCGGCAACAACUAAACGCAAUGAAUUCAACAAACCACGUUAUCGCCCUAAAUUCCUCGAUCACUUUGAGCGCAAAAAUCCUGGUGAUGCGCUUGUGCCAACCCGAAUAGGCGAUGAUUUGGAAAAGUCCACUGACUUUGGUGCCUCACCUACAGGUGCUAAUGCAGAACAAUAUCAAACGAAUGCACCACAACAACAACAACAGCAGCAGCAGCAACAACAACAACAGCAUUUAAUGCAAUCACAAUUAAAUCAAACCAACUCGAACGAUACAAACUGGGAGAAUAACAUGGAAAUGCAGUUUCAACAAAUCUCUGCCAUUAAUCAAUAUGGUCUGCAACAGCAUCAGCAUCAUUUGCAGCAGCAGCAACAACAACAACAACAGGCGGCAGCUGCAGCAGCGGCGUAUUAUGGUCAUCCGCUGGUUAGUGAUCAUCACUUGCUGGCAAUAAACAAUCAACAAAAUUUAUUACGCACUCAACAACAGCAACAACAACCCCAACCACCUGCCUAUCAGCAACAUCAUCUACAUACCCAAUCCCAUAGUUAUGUGGAUGGUGAAUUUGAAUUUUUGAAAUUCCUCACUUUCGAUGAUCUAAAUCAACGUUUAAAUAAUAUUGACUCGGAAAUGGAGAAAGAGAUUGAGGAGUUGAAUAAGAAAUACAAUGCCAAACGACAGCCAAUUGUUGACGCUAUGAAUGCCAAGCGAAAGCGACAACAGAAUAUUAAUAAUAAUCUUAUUAAAAUUUAAUCAAAAGAAGUUGAGUAAUUUUUACUUUAAAAAUUAUAAACGAUCGUUUAUAUAGAGCAACAAUAUUAAAAGCUAUAGAUUGUUUUUUUGUUUGUGUCAGCAAAUUGAUGAUUUGCUUAAAUCUCUGACCAUCAAGUGUUUAUUUGUAAUUUAAUUUAGCAAUAACUACAAUUUUCAAUAACGAAUUGUAAUGAAGAGAACUCGAAAUUGCUGUUAGAAUAAUAAUACUAAUUUAGAAACAAA